CGGCACUCGGUCGGUGACUGCCUGACGUGAAUACGAAAUAUUUGCUUUCGGUCUUCGAACCCAACAGCAGAAGGACAGUUCCAGGAGUGAGGUGAGCUUACACCGCGGACCUUUCUUUUAUUGUGGAAUAUCAAGAAACCGUCAUGUCUUCUUCAGAUGACUGGACCCCUGGCUCAUUGGACUCGACUUCCUCAAAGCUUCUGAGGAAAUCCCAGGAGUCUCCUUUUGUUCCGAUAGGAGUGGCUGGAUUCCUGGCUGUGGUGGCCCUUGGUUUGUACCGGCUGCGUAGUCGAGGGGACCAGAAAAUGUCUGUUCAUCUCAUUCACAUGAGAGUUGGUGCCCAAGGUUUUGUGGUUGGUGCAAUGACCUUUGGUGUUUUAUACUCCAUGUACAAGGAAUAUAUCAAGCCUCGUUUUGACCAUUCAUCUGAGGAGUAAAGCGGCAGGCCUGUAACACACAGUCACUCAUUCAUCUUCUUCUGAGACCUAUUCAAUCAUUCAUCUCACAGCAUUAGGGGGUGCACAAUUAUAUGCUGUCGAUGUAACUAUAUGUGUAAAAUGUAGUGGAAUUAGGAAGUCAGCAAAGCAGGAGUAGACAGGGGGACCAUAAAAGUGUAGAUGUACCUCUAACUGCUGUAUAAUAUGCCUUUGUUCAAUGUGCUGUCAAUAUACGUCACCAUAUAAGAAAAAGUAUGUAGCUUGGGGCACCCAACAGUUCCUAAUAUUUUCUGAAGCAGAGGUUUUGUCUUCACAUUAUAACAAGCAGCAAGGUGGUCUCAAAAAAGUUUCACAAUCAUGUGUAUUUCAUCAGCACUCUGUAGCGCCAGACCAUUGAAACAUGGCCUCCAACAGUGAUCCAGGUCUUCGAAGGAGAUGGACAAAUUAGUAAAGAAGCAGCACAGAUGAGUGAAUCACGUUAGUUAGUUCUAUAACAGCCUCGCUUUUUGUUAGACAGCUGUGAGUUAUGGGAGAUCCAGAACAGAAUAAGGUGAAAUGUUGUGGCACUGAUCAAGGAAUUCUCAAGCUUAUUUAUAGUGUGUAAGCCUCUUUCAAUGAAGUAGCCACCUUUUCUACAGGUUUACAAGCCACUGGCAUUGGUAGUGAGUACAGUGCAUGAGGACAUCUUAAUUACUGACUUUUCUCAAUGAUGACAUGAAGUCAUUGGAGCAAGAAGUAAGUUUUACACACUUUUAGAGGUUUGGCAUUAGUGGACUGUGAAGCAAAUCACGCUUAGCUUUCUCUUUUUGUGUCUUUGCUUGACUAUUCUUUUAACUUGGUAUUGCCUAAAGACAAUAUUGGUCUUUUUGUUGAACGCCCAGGCAUUAGAUUGUGUGCAUUUUAAUAAAUAUUCAUUGAAUGCUUUCCAAAAGUA